UGGUCGUUGUAUUAGCCUAUGUUUGGUGGCUUAAUGCAAUUUGCAAAACUUUAUCAGAGAGCCUGAAGUGAAGACUUCUCGGUGGAUGUCACACUUUUGCGCAUCUUUUACCAUAUCAACAUGUGGCAUGGUGCUUUUGGUUUGGAUCACACAUCGUCCUGGAAGAUCUGGAGAGGAGAUCAUGAUUCACACUAAGUGCGUGAAGAUUUUUCUCGUGUUAAAAUGAAUGAUAAACCUAAUAAAUGGAUUCUUAUCCCAAUUUUAGCCAUUCUUUUUGUCAUGAUUGGGUAUCAGUAUAUUUGCCCGGCAGGCAGUCAGUCUUGUCAUUUCACGACAGAAGACAAACUCGUGGGAAUCGGUUCACUCUCCACUCCAUACCCGACCACCGAGGACAUGUACCGGGAUCAGGAUCCGGAGGAUGACAGUCUACCUAAAUGUGUGUCCAAAUUCAACUUCACGGAGCGAGAUUUGGCACGCGAUGUAGAUUUCAACAUUAAGGAAGAUGAUGUGAUAGUGUUUCUGCACAUUCAGAAGACAGGAGGCACCACAUUUGGCAGGCAUCUGGUCAGGAAUAUUCGGUUGGAGCAGCCGUGCGACUGCAAACCGGGACAGAAGAAAUGCACUUGCCACCGUCCCGGUAAACAGGAGUCCUGGCUCUUCUCGCGGUUUUCGACUGGCUGGAGUUGCGGUUUGCACGCUGACUGGACAGAACUUACCAACUGUGUACCUGUGGUUAUGAACAAAAAACAAUCUUCAAAGCGAAAGAGGAAUUUCUAUUACAUCACCAUGUUGCGCGACCCUGUUUCGCGCUACCUGAGCGAAUGGAAACACGUGCAGCGUGGAGCUACCUGGAAGACUGCCCUUCACAUGUGUGAUGGUCGCUCGCCCACUCAAGACGAGUUGCCCACCUGCUACAGCGGGGAGGACUGGUCUGGGGUCACGCUGCACGAGUUCAUGGACUGUCCUUACAACCUAGCCAACAACCGGCAAGUACGUAUGCUGGCGGAUCUCAGUCUGGUGGGCUGCUACAACCUCUCCACCAUGAACGAGAGCGAACGCAAUCCCAUUCUUCUCGCUAGUGCAAUGAGCAACCUCAAGAACAUGGCGUUCUACGGCCUCACGGAGUUCCAGCGCAAGACGCAGUACCUGUUCGAGCGCACCUUUCGUCUGAGGUUUAUUUCCGCCUUCACGCAGUUCAACAGCACGCGCGCGGCCAACGUGGAACUGCGCGACGACAUGCGCCGCCGCAUAGAGAAACUGAAUUUCCUGGAUAUGCAGUUGUACGAGUUUGCCAAGGACCUGUUUCUGCAGAGGUACCAGUUUACCCGCCAACGCGAGCGGCGGGAAGAGAGAUUGAAGAGGCGCGAGGAGAGACGCUGGAUUAGGGAAUGGAAAGUCAACCAGAGCAAACAAAGCGGUGAGGAUAAACAUCCCCAGGUCACUACAACCGAGGACUAUGCCAGCCAGGUGGUCCAUUGGUGACAUGAAUACAUUCCACGUGUGGAAGAGCAGAUUAUUGGUUGUAUUUGGUCAUGUGACUGGCAAGUGUUUCCAAGGCCACUGCAGAAAUCAUAACAUUCUAUAGUUGUGUCUCGUUUCGUAUGGCUGCGUCCUUGUGUCCUCCAUAGGUAUCAUCCUCUAAGGAUGCGGUACACGGAGGAUUCUCAACUUGGAAUUACACGUGCCAUCCUUUGUAGGACAUACUGGCAGAAAAGGAAACAGGAAGUACCACGUUGCUAUGACAACACGUUGCACUCGCACACCUGUCAAAUGAAUUUGAAUGAUUUCUACAUGAUUUAAGAGGUAAAACGUUGGUUACUUCUACCCCAAACAAUGCCAAAAGAGUUUGAUAUAACAUUUUUGCCUUGAUUAAAAGUUUUCAGGUUAAAAACGUACUGAAAAAUUUACUACAUAUGCCUGCUAAGAUUAAAAAAAGUGACACAAAUUGUAAACUGUUCACAUUUAAACACCACAUAUUAGAUUGGAUGUGCAGCUGUUGCAGUUUAUUCAAAUAACAGAUGUUGGCAGACGCAACGAAUUGUGUGUUAUCUCUAGCAACGAAGGAUUCAGCUCAUUUAUCCUCAGAAUUCCUGUCAAAGAAGGUUGUAUUUGAAGGGUGCCUCCGGAGAAUCCUACCUGCUUUUAUGAAACGAGACAGCCUCGAUGACGUAGCAGCCUUCAAAUGAGACCUCUGGAGGAUGCAGCCUUAAGAAAUGAGGCACAGCCUAGCUCUUGUUUUCAGUAAAAACAUCUACAAACAAACUCAAAUUGCUUGAGAAGCAAAAGUGGGUUUUCUCGCUUAAUUUCAGGAAAUUUGUGGUUCAAUCAUGUUUAUUUUUAUUGCCAUAUUAAGAAAGUUCUCAUAAAUGAAUCGAGACAGAUUUAGUUGAAUGUAUGCUUAAAAGUAUUAAAAAACGAACCUAUUUACUAAAGUGGUUGGGGAAAAGUAUUAUUUAAGAUAGUCUGAAAUAUUCUCUGACAAUAUGGAUUUUGUUUUUAAAGAUGAUUUGUUUUUUACUGGUACAUUUAUUUGCAGUGUAGCUUUCAGGAUUUCAGCUGAUAUCUUGCUGUGAAAUCCAGACGGUAAACUGCUGACAUUGACAGAACUUGAAAUGUGGCUCUGUGCCCAUUCACUAAGGACAUGUUUCUGAAGGAACAACAAACCCCCCACUGCAAAGUUUUAUUGAGGUAGCCUAUGUCAAUCACAUAGUAAAGGGUGUUUGUCCAAAAUGCAGAGAGCUUUUAUACACCCAGUUUUGUACACCGAUUUAAGUGGCAGAGAUAUUUCUUUCCCACCGUCUUUAAAGCAGGGGAUGGUACAGUAGUUUAUUCAUUAUGGAUUACCAAAAACAGCAUGAUGAGUGUACAUAAAUCAAUAAAUAAAUAGUGCAGAAGGAAUGACAGAAUGUGUCCUGUGUACAGUACAGUAGGUGCCCCCUAAAGGUGAAUGUAAAUUCACUUAACCAUCAAAGUGAAAUGAAAAGCGAUUAGAUGGAGGGAACGGAUUAACAACUGGAGUUAUACGUACAUAAGAAAUGCCGUCUGAUGAUGUAACAAGAAACAAUCAACGAAAAUAUGAUAUUUCAUUCAUCAUCCAUUGAGGCCACCUGUGUUUUACACAUUGCUGUUGUUCUCCCUGGGAUAAGAUUUCUAAUGCUGGAACUUGAUCAACUCGCAGGGAAUCAAGCUCUUGUGAGCUUUACAUCCUUUUACCAGUGAAUAAGAAGCUUUGUAGCACUUUUUAAAUAAAAUUCUUGAGAGAUGCUUUGUGCAAAUUGGUAAACGGUUUAACAUUGCAGAUACGAAUCACAAAUAAACUGAAACCUAGAAUUCUGGGUUUCUUUUGUAUCUUAAAAAGCAAAUAAAUCAACUGUACUACUCUUUAUGCAUGGUUAUGGAGAACAUGUGCCACUAAAAAAAGGUUUUGGAAUGCAGUUCCAGAUAUCUGUUAUUUUAGACCAAAAAGACUAGAAGUUUUGUUUUCUUUGUACAUGAUGCUGUUCUGUAUGUUUCUAUUUUGAAUCUGUGUCGCUAUUUUGCGUUUUCUCCAAUUCUUAUGUCUUAACUAUAUGAGGCGAAAAGAUCUGAGAAUGUGUGCCAUUACAAGUUUGUGCGUGUAUGUUUUGAAAUGAAUAUCAGUGUUGCAAUGUAUUUUAAUUGCUUUGUUCACUUAAGUGCAAUAUAGUAUUAAAUAAUCCCUUAUGGGACAAGCAGAUGUUUGUUGAAUAUAUACAGAGAUUUGACUGUUUUUGCUUGUUAAUAAGCAACGUUGGUAAAUACUUAUUAUUCACACAGUACAAAUAAGUCUAGACUCACAAAUAAGGAAAUUUCCAUUUCAAAUCAAAUGGAAGCGAUAACAAUGAU